AUGGUGCUGGCGCUGGAGCAGGAGGAGGCGCUGGAGGCGGAGGAGGCGCUGGUGGAGGCGCUGGAGGAGGCGCUGGAGGAGGCGCUGGAGGAGGCGCUGGAGAAGGCGCUGGAGGAGGUAAUGGUGCUGGCGCCGGAGCAGGAGGAAGCGCCGGAGCAGGAGGAGGCGCCGGAGCAGGAGGAGGCGCCGGAGCAGGAGAGCGCGGAGCAGAGAGCGCGAGCAGAGAGCUGGAGCAGUCAAGGUGGUGGUGCUGGUGCUGGUGGUGCUGGCUCCGGUGGUGCUGGAGCUGGCGGAGCUGGAGCCGCCGGUGCUGCCGCCGCCGAGGCCGCCGCAGCCGGUGACGGUGCAGCGGCAGACUCUGGACUGCUGGGCUUGGUCAACGUUCUGGCAGACGCUCUCCAGACAGGGGCUGGUGGCGCUGGCGGUUCCGGGCUGGGGCCAGUCGGCGCCGUCGGCGCUGCAGGAGCGGGGGCGGGGGCCCUGGGCAGCCUCGUCGUCGACGCCGCCGCCCUCGCCGCCUUCUACUUCCUGGGCUCGUUUGUCCUCAACAGCAUCGCCCCUCCGGCCGCCGGCGCCGGUGCCGGCGCCGCCUUCUGGCUAGAGGGCGUCACCCACAACGGCGUCGCCGCCUUCAAUGCCAACCCGGCAGGCUACCAGGUCUUUCGCAACGUCAAGAGCUUUGGCGCCGUCGGAGACGGCGUCACCGACGACACUGCCGCCAUCAACCGCGCCAUCUCGGAGGGCAACCGGUGCGGCGCCGGGUGCGACAGCUCGACGACGGCGCCGGCGCUCGUCUACUUCCCUGCCGGAGAGUACCUGGUGUCGUCGCCCAUCAUCUCGUACUACUACACGCAGCUGGUGGGCAACCCAAACGACCUGCCCACGCUCGUCGCGGCGCCCGCCUUCGAGGGCAUCGCGGUCAUCGACGAGGACCCCUACCUGCCCGGCGGCGCCAACUGGUACACGAACCAGAACAACUUCUUCCGCUCCGUGUCCAACCUCAUCAUCGACCUCACGAGGAUGCCGGCGACGGUGGGUACGGGCAUCCACCACCAGGUCAGCCAGGCGACGGGCCUCUUCAACGUCCGCUUCCAGAUGCGCACCGACGUCGGCACGCAGCAGGCGGGCAUCUUUAUGGAGAACGGCAGCGGCGGCUUCAUGGCCAACCUGCGCUUCUUUGGCGGCAGGUACGGCGCCGUGUUUGGCAACCAGCAGUUCACGCUGCGCGACAGCCGCUUCGAGAGGUGCGGGACCGCCAUCAGCCAGAUCUGGGCGUGGGAGUGGACCUACAAGGGCAUCGAGAUCGAGAGCUGCGGCCUCGGCAUCGAGCUGCGCACCGUCACGCCGACCGGGGCCGCCGACGGACCCCAGGGAGCCGCGUCGGUCCUGGCCACCGACUGGAGCAUCCGCAACACGCCCCAGGCGUUCCGGCUCACGACGCCGGGCGCCGGUGUGCUCGUCCUCGACAACAUCGAGACCAUCAACGUCCGCAGCAUCGUCAUCGAGGGGCCAGCGGCAGCAACACCCGUCGCGGGUCCGGGCGCGCCAGCCGCUGGUGGCGGGCAGGUCCUGCUGGCCGGAUCGACGGGCACGCGGACCGUGACGAACUGGGUGCGCGGUCCGGUCUAUCGCGCCGUCGGACCCGGUGGCGGGCCGGGAGGUGUCCAGCGAGUGCAGGGCACCCUGGCGCCCUGGAUCCGAAGGCCGAGCGUCCUGGUCCAGGCUGGCGAUGCGAGGCAGCGGUGGUUCAAGCGCGACCGGCCGCAGUACCAGGACAAGACGCCCGCCGACUUUGUCAACGUCAAGGACUACGGAUGCCGUGGCGACGGGCGCACCGACGACCACGACCGCUUCCAAUCGGUGCUCGACGACUUUGCCAGUCGGAAGAUCAUCUGGGUGCCUCACGGGACGUACCUGCUGUCGCGCACGUUGCGGAUCCCUCCAGGCACGCGCAUGGUCGGCGAGGUGUGGCCCGUCCUGAUGGGCUACGGCUCGCGCUUCCAGAACGCCGCGGUGCCUCGCCCCGUGGUCCAGGUGGGCCGGCCGGGCGAAGAGGGCAUCGUCGAGAUCUCGGACAUGAUCUUUUCCACACGAGGACCGGCGGCGGGCGCCGUUGUGGUGCAGUGGAACAUCCGGCAGAGCAGCCAGGGAUCGGCGGGCAUGUGGGACAGCCACAUCCGCGUCGGCGGCACGGCCGGCUCCAACCUCGAGGCGGACCGGUGCGCGCGGCGCAACGCGCUGUCGCCCGGGUGCGACGGCAGCUUCCUCAACCUUCACCUGACGCCGUCGUCGAGCGCCUACCUGGAAAACGUGUGGGUGUGGACGGCGGACCACGACCUGGACCUCGGGAGCAAGCAGCAGAUCAACGUCGUCUCGGCGCGCGGAGUGCUGGUCGAGUCGCGCGACGGCCCCGUGUGGCUGUACGGCACGGCGUCGGAGCACAGCGUGCUGUACCAGUACAACAUUAACCGCGGCCUCGGACUGCGGAUCGCCGCGAGCUCCGACGUGUUCGUCUACGGCGCGGGCCUCUACUCGUUUUUCGACAACUACUCGCAGGAGUGCAUAGCGACGCGCAGCUGCCAGCGCCGGAUCGUGUCGCUGGAGCGGCUGACGGCGCGGUCCAACGUGUGGAUCCUCAACCUCAACACGGUUGGGACGCAAAAGGUGGUCACGCUCGACGAGGACGACGACGUGGUCGACGAGGGCGCGCUGCGCAACGGCUUCACCAACACGCUGGCGGUGUGGGACAGCGAGACGGGAUGGAGACCGCGUCCGCCACCCGGCGCUGGCACCCCUCGGCCGCCGACUGCCACGGCGACGGCAACGGCGGUAGCGCCCGCGCGUCCACCAGACACGGUUCCUGUGACGGCGGUCCAGCCUGCUCCUCCUCCUCGUCCUCCUCUGCCGCCUCAUCCGCGGCCACGGACAGACGAUGCCGCAUAG